AUUUAGCUGAUGCAACAAAUGUUUUCUAUAGUAUCAGGAUAGGGAAAAAUAUUAAUCUUCAACUUUAAUAAUUAAACAAGUUUUACUAUAAAUAUACUUGUUGAUUAUAGAAAAUAUCAGAAGUUCAAUUAAAAUGAAUAAAGCUAUAAUUAUAUUUGCACUACUUAUUGCUGCAUUUGCUUAUGUCGAGGCAAAUCGUUGUCGGUCCUCUUGUCGUAAAAAUAUACGCAGCCCUAUAAGAUGUGUCAGACAAGGUUCUCUAUGCCGUAAAAUAACACAAUGUUCUAUAGAUGCAGAAAAUUGUAGACGUCGUUUAACUAAACAACCUCGUCUAACCACCACCAGCUUAGCUUUAUGUCGCAACAUUAAGGGACGUUUAGGUUCGGGGCGCUGUGCUAUUCGUAAACGUAGACCACGUUCCCUUAAGCCACGUUGCAAUCGUUUAAAUUGUCCUUCUGGUAGUACAAAACUAAACUGUUAUAGCGAUAAGCAAAAUAGAUGUCAGCUAUUGACACCCUGUCAAUUGGCUCGAGCCAAUUGUCGUCGUGAUCAACGUAAUCUUUUAGAGUGGGUUGAUUUGCGUCGUUGUGCUGGCAUGAGAGCAGGACAAAAACUUCGCAAAUGUCGCCCUGGUCCCCGAAGAAGUUAAAUGUUUUAAAAUGUCUUAAUAAAAUUUAUUAUCGGAAAUAAAGUUGAAAUUAAUAUGCAAUAAAUAAA